CCAAUAUUCAAUUCAGUCUUUAGCAAAACCUCAGAGAGUUCGGUACCAAGAUUUUAACGUUCUUUUUGGCUCUGUAUUCAAGUUUAAAAAAUAAAAAACAAUUUUUGUAUCUUCUUAUAAAUAAGACAAACUCAGAACAUCUGUAUUUCAAAUAGAUUUUCGUAAUUCUCAGCAAUAAUUGAAUUUUGUUCAAAGAACUCGGCAACGAAUGAGUAAUCAUAGCCGGUAAAGUGCCAGAGCGACGGGUUUUCAAGUGUCACUUUGCGGAUAUGUACCUUUUAUUUAAAGUAUCUCAAAGUUCGAAGACAACAUCAUUACGCAUUCGAUCGUAACCCUGAACGGAUCGGAAAUAACGGUCUGGUUAAAUAAAAUCAAAUUAAAACUAAAAGUGUCAUCACCCUAAAAAACCAAAACCAACCUGCAAAAGGUGUAGGAGUGUUCGCAGAACACAAAAAUUCAAACGUGCGAGUUUGAAACGUAUAAAAAAGACGAAAAUAUCUUUAAACAGAACAAAAGUAUCUAGAUACUUUGAUACCCUCAUGGAGUGUAAAAAGUGUUGAAAAUAAUAAAACAAAAACAAGUGUGUCCAAUUUAACGUUCGUUGCGAAACAACAUUCUGAGGAUAAUAGAACUCAGCUCGAAGUUCUUCAUUCAGGAGCCUCGAAGUACUCGCGUAUAUCCUCUAUCCAAAGCCUCCUCCUUGCGGAUUAAAGAAAAAGAAAGAAAUAAUUGAAAAUUUAAAAAAAAAAAUCAAAGAAAAUCACGUCGACAACUUCGAAAAGGUUGAUUCCUUGUUUUUCCCUUCGAACCCAGACCUCACACCACCACCGACCAUCUCCUCCACCCCUCGCGGUCCGAGGUAGUAUCUUUUUCAUUGUGCAACCAACAACUUAACAACUUCUCUCCAUCUCGUUUGGUGGUGCGCGCGGUGUUAUCGCGAAAAGGCAAUCAAUUUAUUGAAAAAUAAUCCCCAGCCUUGUCGAGAGAAAAAUAAAAUUACAAAAAAAGAAUAAAAAUACAAAAAUAGUGCUUUACCAGUGAUCGUGCACAAAAUAGAUCGAUAAGCUCAACGGGCGCGUAUUUAAAAGAAAAAAGAAAACCACAACGGAUACGAAAAUUGUAUUUUAACAGUGCUGAAAAGUUGAAAUGUUUUCUUCGAGUUCCUUUGUAAAUUGCAAGUCGUGUUUUUGCGAAGUCACUGCAAGGACACAUCGCCAACGGUGAGAUCAAAUCUCAAAAAGGAUAUACAACAAAGACUCUUAAACUAGAUUCAGCUAAAUAGACAAACCACAAAAAUACCCUGAAAUAUAAGCUUAACGGCAAUCAAAAUUGAUUUUCUUGUCAAAAAUCAUGUACGAAAUUAAAUCAAUCGAAUUCGGUCGAAAAACGGAUAAAAACAAUCAAACCCCAUUGACAUCAAAAAACUACUUCGAUCACUAUCAGCAGAUAAGCAGCGAUAGUGCGGACUCCUCGAUCAGUACAAUUCAAGUGCCAAUAGUCGUAACGACGGAUAGUCAUCGUCAAGGACUAAAAGGCCAGCAUCAGUCGGAGUCGGAGUUGGAGUCGGACGGGGACACAAUGCAAGUGUCACUGAGGCGUCGGCGGAUAUUUCAACGACAGGCGUGUCUCCUAAGCAUACUGGCAGCGUUUAUUUUGGGCCUGAUGUUGGGCGUUUUCAUGCCCAUGAUGUCAGGAAUGUCGGGGGUUUUCAUAACCGGCGAGUUGAUUGGUGUGGAGCCAGUGGCCUCGACGGCAGCUGUUGUCAAUAAGACAGUCAUGCCACUGCACCCACCAUCAGACUUCCCCACGAUCUACGAGCUUCGUGGCGAGAAGCUGAUAGAGCAGCCCACAGUGGUGCCAACGGCAGGAGAAAACCUAUUCUCUGUGUCAUUCAUAAAGGAAAAGGAAUUGCCUGCCGAAGAAGUGUUCCGAAAUGCAUUCCACUUGGAGCAGGACAAGCACUCGGAAGAUUCCAUGAUUGUUAAGAAACUCGAUGCCGUUGAUGGGAGCAUAAAAGAGUUCAGGGUGCAGCGGACAAGUGAUGGACUCUUUCGGAAAGGGCCCGAGAGGCGUUUGUCAAAGCCGUCGGUAGUCGAACAAAUGCUCCCCGGUGACACUGCCCAAUUUAAUCUCCAUGAAGCCUCUCUCAGCUUCAUACCUAUCGCUGAACAAAUUGUUCGUAAUGCCAACCAUAACACCGGAAUCGUUGACAGCGAUAUCUAUUGGGGUAAAAUGGUGGAGCAGUCGUUACCAAGUGGAUUUCUCAAGAGCGAUGCAGCAGCCUGGAAUAAGUUCAUUCACAACGGAGUCGUCACCCGUUUGGAGACGGGAUGUGGUAGAAUGCAAAAUCGGCUUGUCGUGUUUGCUGAUGGCACCAGAGCUUGUGCUCGCUAUCGCCAGAAUACAGACCAAAUACAAGGCGAACUGUUCAGCUUCUACUUAGGACAGUUGCUGAAUUUGACAAAUCUCGCCCCAAGUGCGGCGUCAGUGAUUGAUCUGGAAUCGGCAACUUGGGCAAACGCCCUACAAGACAUCACAAACGCACAGUGGAAAUCCACACGCCCAGUUGUUCUUACAAAAUGGCUACCUGACCUCGAACCAGCCGGCAUACCUCAGCCAUUCCAACCACUCGAACGUCAUUUAAAUAAAUACGACGUUUGGAAUAUCACGCUGGGCACCAGCACCAAUGCAACAACAUUCCCCUCUUCACCAUCAUCUUCAGCAUCGGCAUCAUCAUCGUCAUCGUCCAUUGCAGACGAUCAAGAUGCAAAUCAAAAAGGAUUACUCAAACGGUUGGGUGCUGCUGCCCCAGCAUCAUCGUCCGCCAUCAACUCAGCCAGCAACAACAACAACAAAUACAACAGGUCUUCUCGUCUCAAUCAAUCAAAAUCAGUGGUCGCUGCCGCAUCAGAUCCAUCGUCUCUUCCAGCAUCAUCAUCAUCUGAGGUUGACAGAGACGAAUUGCAUUUGAAUGCGACAGUGCUGAAUCGAUUAAUCGAGCUAGCGCAAUGGUCCGAUCUAAUCGUGUUCGAUUAUUUAAUUGCGAAUCUAGAUCGGGUUGUUAACAAUUUGUACAACUAUCAAUGGAAUGCAGACAUCAUGGCGGCGCCAGCGCACAAUUUGGCCCGACAAAUUAAUUCCCAGCUCCUGGUGUUCUUGGAUAAUGAAUCAGGACUGCUGCAUGGUUAUCGAUUGUUAAAAAAAUACGAAGCUUAUCACGGUUUGUUGUUGGACAAUUUGUGCAUAUUCCGACGGCCGACCAUUGAAGCGCUUCGCAAUUUACGCGAAUACGGUCCUGGCAAGCGGCUGCAGGAGCUUUUCGAGAAAUCAACUAGUUAUCAGGUGCGUGACGUGUUGCCAUCGUUGCCGGAUAAAUCCAUAAAAAUACUAAUCGAUCGUAUCGAUCGAGUAUUGGGGCAAGUACAAAAAUGUAGAGAUUUAUUCUCAGACAGAUAAUAUGAUAUGACAUAAAUAGGAUUUUUUAAAAAUGUUAAAAAUUUAGAUGUUGAGACACAUGAUACUUAAGAGUCAUGAUGUUUUGUUUGUUUUUCUUUUAAAAAAGUAGUUUUUUUUCAAAAAAUGUGAUCGAAUUAGAAUUUUUGAAAUUGUUAAUAAAUUAUUUUCGUUUUGUAACUAUUUAUCGCUAAGAAAUUUGACAAAAACCAUGAGGUGGGUGGAGAUUAAUGGUAUUUUGUAUCAAGACGAACUUUGGUGUUGAAUGUUUUCGAACCCGGUGGUUGGCAUAAGGAUAUUAAUUAUUAUUCAAAGCAGAUUUUGGUUUACUUCUUACGUCAUUUCCCUUUAUUAGAAACUGAAAACAUUGGACCUUGGUUUGAACAGCUAUAUUUUUCUGACUUUAUUUUCAAAUUUAUAGUUGUUCAAGGCUUAAGCAAACAUAUUAUAAGGGCUUUAAAUAGGUAUAAUGUCUUGUUUCUGUCACUGAAUUUCUGCAAUUAUGAUGUGAAAUAAAUAUCCUUAAAAUAAAUUGAAAUAUUUUGCUGUUAGGAAUAUGAAUACAAAUAUUUUGUUUAAAAAUAAAAAAAAGAUUAAAGAAACACUUGAGUGUAUAAUAGUCAAUUUGUAUAAGGUCUAUAUUCAUAUCUAAUAACUUAAAUAAUCUCUUAUUUAACAUUUCUUUUAAUGAUUUUAAAAAACGUAUAAAAAUAUAUUAAUUUUUAAAGCUAGACAAAACAAAAAAUUAUCGAUAAAGGCAAGUAAUUUAACUCAUUGAGAUUCUUAAAUUACUUACAGCUUUUUUAAAGGAUAUUUGUAUACCAUUACACUCAACCUUCUAAUACGACUUUUAUUGUAGCAUAAAAGUUUACAAUAUUAGAAACUAAAAUAUAUCAGACCAGGCUUUUGUAAAUGUUUUUGAAUACAUAAAUAAAGUAUUCUUAAUUCUGUGUUAUUCAAUAUUUUCUAAUAGGAUAUCACGAAUUCUCAAGCCAUCUACAGUAUUUCAGACAAAAAUAACUCAUUUAAGAAAAAAAAACAUGCAAACAUUUUACUUAUCAAGAGAUUUACAAAAUUUAUUCAUGAUAUUUAAAAUCAAGUUCGAACAUCAGCUCUAUUGUUUGAAGUCCUUAAAAUGAAUGCAUGCUUAUAUUUGUAAGAAAUAUAAAGAUUCUCAGUAAAAUGAGCACAAAUUGGGGAUAAAAGGAUCACGCAAGUUUGACACGACUCAGCACCUCUGUCGAAGUCAUUAAAACAGUUUCUCUUUACUUUAACUUAACAAAAAGUAGAUAGAAAAAUCAUUUCGAAAAUCAAUAGAUACUAAUUUUUGAGUUUUAUAAAGCACAAUGAAUUAUUAAUGAUUAGGUUUUUGCUAAGCUUUAAUCUUAGUUUAGUUUAGAAUAAAUUAAAUUCAGUCUACAUUAAACCACGCAUAACAUGUCUCUACGCAUAGAGGCACUCAUUAAUCUACCUUAAAGCUACAUACAUAACUUUUGUCAUAAACUAAAAACCAAAUGGCAUAUGUCAUAAAACCUAUGUAAUUAAAAACAACACCACCCGAAAUGAGGUUGUAAAACAUUUUUUUUGUUCAUAUAUGAAGCACUAAAAAGUGCUUUAUUUUUUCCUUAUGACGCUUAAGUCUUAAAAAUGACAACAGGUAAUAAAUCAUAGUCUUUUAUUUAAAAAUAAUGGAUCUAGAGAAUCUUGACAAUAAGUUCAGAGUCUUAAUUUUCAGUAGGUUGAGCUUGUGAUUUAAUAUUCCGGUUUGUCACAAAUAAUGUCAUAUGAAGACUUUCACUUUAGAGAUGAGCUAGAAAUAAUAUGAAAUCCAAAAUGAUUUAUUACCUUAGAUCCACUGUGUUGGCUCAUUUUGGAGUCAAAAAGUAAAGCACACAAAAUAAAAUAAUCUCUUAAGGCCUUAACAGAUUUGUUUUUAAAUUGACAAAAUAAUAAAAACUUAUAAAACAAACCGCGAAUAUAAAUACAUCACAUCAAUCUUAAAACAACAAAGUA